CCAGACUGGGUUCAAAUCCUAUCCGAACCGCGUCCUCCCGUAGCAAGGACUAAUUAUUAUUAUUAUUAAUUAUAAACUACGUGGUUUAUUAAGUCUUGAUGCGGCCGUUCUUAAGAAGCACAAGAAAAAUCCCCAAAAUUGUAACACACUUUCACUACGUACCUCUAUCCUCCAUUGCUUUACAUACACCGUCAAUGAGCUUAAAACGGAACUCACUUUUACUUCCUUCGAUAUUUAAAAUAAAAAAAAACAAUACAAAAAAAAGUAUGAAAAAAAAAUAAAACGAAACGAACACACCCGGCUUAAUGUAAUUGAUAUAAAAACCAAGCAUUCCUCACCGGCAUGGUUCAAUCGUUGCGAAGGUGAUCAAGAAGAAAGUCAUCCCACAGUCACACACCACACCAGAACGGUUCGUGCCUGCCAUUUGUGGGGAUUUAAUUUCACCUUCGCCUUCUUAUCCGAACGCAAUGGCUCGUCGGUGUUGUUUGGUUUUGGUCGGUUUUCUACUGAUCGGUCUACAGUCAGCCAACGGAAACCUGAUCACCACCAACCAGGAUUCGAUCGUACAGUUCGGCACAUACGUUGCGACUUUACAGCAGUGCUCCUAUCAGAAGCUUUACGCUGGCAUGAUAAGCCCGCAAAGUGUAACGUUCAACAAUCCGGCAGGUAAAGCGAUCAAAUAUGUUAUCGUUGAAUCGGACCAAACAUUCGAGUUCGGUGGUAUAUCGGCCUCGAUCACGUCGGGCACGGUUGGUGACAGUAAGGCAAUCACGGUGCAGGUUACCACAUCACCACAGACCAUAAAAUUUCUGACCAACUUUACGGUUAAAAUGUUUUGUGAGAAAUAAAAUUUAUUUAAAUUAAAAUUUCCAAUAUAACCUCA